AGCAUUUUGGCUUCUAGACCUAGGCUCGAUCGAUGCAGUGCAACUAAACCCAUUUACCAGCUACUUAUCGCUGAGAGUUUGGCCAGAUCGGCAGAUGGAUUGGCCGGCUCUCGCCUGCUGCACAGCAGUGCUGACCCUUGUGAUCUUUCUGCCGUUGAGCGCGUCGGACGACCGGCUUGUCGCCGGCAUGCCGCUCUCCAUGGGCACCGCUAUUAUCUCUGACGGAGGCGCCUUCGCCCUGGGUUUUUUCAACCCCUCCGCGACCACUACUCCGGGCAGGCUGUACCUGGCCAUAUGGUACAACGGCAUCCCCGAGAUCACCACCGUGUGGGUGGCCAACCGGGAAACACCAGCCACCACCAGUACACCGAUUCUCUCCCUCACCAACACUUCUGAUCUUGUCCUCUCCGACGGCAGCGGUGACAAACGCGUCCUUUGGACGACUAGCGUUGCCGCUGAGCAGAGCUCAUCGCCGUCAACGGCCGUGCUCCUGAACACCGGUAACCUCGUCAUCAGGUCGUCAAAUGGCACCAUGCUAUGGCAGAGCUUCGACCACCACGCGGACACGCUCCUUCCGGGUAUGAAUCUCCGGAUGAAAUACAGCCCGCGGGAGGGCGGGCGGCUUGUAUCCUGGAAGGGCCCCGGCGAUCCCUCGCCGGGGCGGUUCUCCUACGGCAUCGACCCAAACACUUUACUGCAAGUAUUCCUUUGGGAUGGGCCGCGCCCUGCGGCUCGCCUCGGACCGUGGACGGGGUACGUGGUGAAGAGCGAGCGCAGAUACCAAGUGGCAAACUCCAGCACGGACAUCAUCGUAUACAUGGCUGUCGUUGACAACGAUGAUGAGAUAUAUAUUACCUACAGCCUCUCUGACGGCGCCCCAAGCACCAGGUACGUGCUUACAUACUCCGGCGAGUUUCAGCUACAGACCUGGAGCAGCAUUUCAAUGGCGUGGGCGGUCCUGGAGACGUGGCCAUCAUCGGAAUGCGCCCGGUACGGCUACUGCGGCCCGUAUGGCUACUGUGACGAGACGGCAACACCCGCUCCGACAUGCAGAUGCCUGGACGGCUUUGAUCCGGCGAGCACGGUGGAGUGGAGUAGUGGGAGGUUCUCGGCAGGGUGCACGCGGAAGGAGGCGUUGCGUGGGUGUAGAGACGGCUUCUUGGCCAUGCCAGGGAUGAAGUCACCGGACGGGUUCAUGCUCGUCGGCGGGAACAGUAGCACAAUGGAGGACUGCUCAGCUGGGUGCGGACGCAACUGUUCCUGCGUGGCGUACGCCUAUGCCAAUCUGGGCAACGGCAGGUCCAGAGACAUAUCAAGGUGCUUGGUGUGGACUGGGGAGCUGGUUGACAUGGUGAAGAUAGGAGCAGUGCCCGGCACCGAUACUCUCUUUAUCCGGAUGGCAAGUUUGGACGCAGGCGAUGGUAAAAGGAAAAGCAGCAAUGCGGCGAGGAUUGUGCUGCCAGUUGUAGGAAGCAGUGUACUCAUUUGCAUUUUGUUCGCAUGGUCAAAAUUCAAAGGCAAGAACAAUAAAAGGAGAGGGCACAACAUUGCAACAUGGAACUGCAUGACAACCAUAUGUGGACUUGUUGAAGGGAACCUUCACAACGAUCAUGAAUUUCUAUUUGUAAGAUUUGAGGAAGUUUCCCUAGCAACAGACAACUUCUCCGAAACAUGUAUGAUUGGUCAAGGAGGCUUUGGUAAAGUUUACAAGGGAAUGUUACGUGGUAAAGAAGUUGCAGUCAAGAGGCUGAGUAAGGAUUCACAACAAGGAAUAAUGGAGUUCAAGAAUGAAGUAAUACUAAUUGCAAAAUUGCAACACAGGAACCUGGUUCGACUUCUUGGAUGUUGCGGGGAGGGAGAUGAAAAGUUGUUGAUUUAUGAGUAUCUACCUAACAAAAGUUUAGAUGCUACCCUUUUCGACGACACAAGAAAAUUAUUGUUGGAUUGGACAAAAAGGUUUCAUAUAAUUAAAGGGGUUGCAAGGGGACUCAUGUAUCUUCACCAAGAUUCUAGACCAACCAUAAUUCAUAGGGAUCUCAAAGCUGGAAAUGUUCUGCUAGAUGCCGAGAUGAAACCCAAGAUAGCGGAUUUCGGUAUGGCGAGGAUCUUUGGCGAUGACCAACAAAAUGCAAAUACCCAACGUGUUGUUGGAACAUAUGGCUACAUGGCUCCAGAGUAUGCAAUGGAAGGCAUCUUCUCUACUAAGUCCGAUGUCUACAGCUUCGGUGUCUUACUACUCGAGGUUGUAACUGGUUUAAGGAGAAGCUACAGUUGUCAUACCAUGGGCUAUUCUAGCCUUAUAGUGUUCACAUGGAAUAUGUGGAUGGAAGGGAAGACAGAGAAAUUGGCAGACUCAUCUAUCAUGGAAACUUGUUCACCAUCUGAAGUUUUCCUUUGCACCCAUGUGGCACUCUUGUGUGUCCAAGACAACCCAGAUGACAGGCCAUUCAUUUCAUCCAUUGUUUCUAUAUUGGAGAACGGAAGCACUUCACUACCAGAACCCAACCGUCCUGCCUACUUUACACGGCGGAACAUUGCAAUGGAGCAAAUAGUUAGUGAUGAUCAUCAGAACUCCAUGAACAAUUUAACACUUACUGAGAUAGAGGGCCGAUAAAAUAGUUAUGAAGUAGGUUUGAUGUAUGAAUAAAGUAUUUGGUGACAAUCAAACAAAAUGGUCACGCAUCAGCUGUUUGGAAGUCCUUGUCGUCAAACGGUUUGCGGCAGUAGUUUGAUCUAUUUCUCUCUUGUUUUUGAUAGAUCUUAGUACCAUAUGAUCUGUCCAACAUGAUUAUGGUUACAUAUGUAAUUUCUGUCUGGUGAA